AUGGAUGAAACAAUUAAUUACGUAAUGUCAUCAAUAAUAAAUGAAACACCAACUAUAUCAUCAGAUAAUUAUAUUAAGUCGACUAGUAUUGAUCCAAGUAAACAUAUGAUUGAUGAUGAAUCAAAAAAAGAAAGUGAAGCUUGUUCUAUAGCAAAACAAUCAAAAGGUUCAAUAAAAUCAUUAACAUGUCCUCGUUGUAAACAAACUAUUUAUAUUUCAUAUUAA